AGACGUACGUCUUUCAAUACGUCCUAACGUAGUAACUCAGAAAGCAGACAAAAUAAAAAGCUGCAGUAUUUUUUAUAAAUUAUGCUAUAAACCUCAUUUUUCACGAUGGAGAAUAAAAAAUGGAAGCACGAACUUUUAAUGGAAAACCUGAGAGCGAAAUCUUCUCGAUCUCUUAUGGAAAUAGCUAAGAGUACUCGAUUAAAUUUACUUGAAAGAAGAUUCAAUAUCGAUGCUGUUGAAAAGCAAACACUUCAAAAUGCUUUAGAUAAUCUCCAGAAUAACAUUCAAGUGAAAAAUAGAGCCCAUUUGAUUGAGCGUUUGGAAUCAAUAACAAGACGAUCUUUGCUUAAAUUCACCGACAAUGCAAACACAAAUUCGUGUUUUAUUUCCUCUGAUAUGUUUUAUUUGGAAAUAUUGUUGGACCCUCAGUCAGGAAAAGUUAAUGAUGUGAAGGUACAUCAUGAAUGUUCCAACGAAUCGCAAUCGGAGCCUCAUCUAAUUGAUGUAUUGAGGAAAGGAGAUUUCAUUGAUUUUACACAACAACUUGAAGGAUUCCAAUCAAUCUAUCAACUCAAUGCUGAGUCAAAAAUCAAAUCUAAAGCAUAUAUUGCUAUACAAGCUUUAGAAAACGACCUCUUAAAUAUAUUCGGUUUGGAAUGCAUGCAAAUGCAACCUGAGUCGAUGGUUUUGAACUCCUCUCUUGGUCUUGCAAUGAAACGUCAGGGUGGACAUCCAUUGAAACUUCUCUUCUUUAUUCGACCAACCGAGCUUCUUAAUCUUGAAAUGAAACGAAUGGACUCUUUAACAGAUGCAUUGCAAACUGCAAAUUUUGCGAAGAGAAUUAUUGGAAAUAGUGUUUCGAUAAAUUUAGAGGCUGCUGCUCCUUCGAACAAACUACAGAUCACUUCUCUGCUUAUAAAAAAUGUUGGAAAAUCUGACGCUCAUUAUAACUUCAAUCCAAUAAAUCUUCAUAACUCAACGAUGCUUCCAGCAACAUUUGUGUUGAGACUUAAUCAAGCCAUGCCAGUAUCAACAGAGUUUAUUGAUGAAAUUAAGAAAAUAACAAAUAAUUUAGGAGUAUUUGGUGACAGAAGCUCGGUGAAGUUAGAGAAUAGUGAUGAUGAACGGCAUGCUCCAGGAUUAUUAAUCAGUAUGAUUGUCAAUUCAGAAUCUCAGGGAUUAUCUAAUAAUGCUCAGAAAGGAUUAUUUGUAACACUUGCUGAUCAAUCGCAUUGUUAUUUCAUAUCUGAUAAUCCAGAAAUGACUGGUACGAUCGUUAAAAGCAUUCAAUUCACUGAACCAUCUCAUGUCAUCAAAAUUGUUAAAAUGCUUCGUCAACAAGCGUUCUUUAAUGCUUUAAUUGCAUCUUGUGUUCGUAAACCAGCAGAGUGUCCCAAUCUCGACUGCUUUAUAUUCGAAGUUAAUGUUGUUUCGAUGAGUUUCAUUCAAGUUAUUGUUGAACAUCCUAUUGAAGAGACUAUCGUAACAGUGGAACUUGAUAUCUCAGAUAUUAGACGAAUUAAUGUAAAAAUUAAUGGAAGUGAACAUCAAUUCGAUUCGAAGCUUGAAAAUUAUAUUCUUCGCGUGUUUCAAAAAACAAUGUCAAUUCCCAUGAUUCUAAGAUCACUUAUUAAAUAUUGGGAAAAUAAAUCGCAAGAUUUUCAACGUUUACAAAAGAAAGUUUUCAAUAAUGAAUUUUAUGAUUCAACUUCGGAUCCAAAACGUGGCGAUACAAAUGAGAAGAAAGAUGAACGGGAAAGAAACUCAUCAAGUGGAACAAUUGACGCAUCUUAUAAUGGAAAUGGCAGUGGUAGUGGUAGUGUCAAUAAUGUUUCAGGAGCUUUUGAUAUUUGUGGUACAAAUAAAAAUGAGAUCUUCUUUAAAACAGCGAAUGAUCAAUCAAAACAAGUUCGUCAUGAUUUGGAGGUAAAUAUUGAUAUUUUCGAUCAACAAAGAACGAGUAAAAUGUCAAGAGGAAUGGCUUUUGAUUUGAAUGAUGAGAAUGAUGAUCUUAUCAGAUGUAAUUUGAUGACUGAAGAUAUGUUGAUUGAUAAUUCGCCAUCGCCAAUGUCAAGCAACAGUUCUGGCGAUGUGGAGAAGAAUUUGAUUUUUCAAGCAAAAAAUCGAAUGCCAUCACAGAAAUCUUUGGAUGUUUUUGAAUUUAAUGAUCCAUCACCACCACCAGCAGUGACAGUAAUUCCACCUUUACAAUCACCACUUGCUGAAGAAAGAAGCAAAAAAGUACCAACGCCAAGAGCGUCACCAUCAACGAUUUCUACUCAUUCUCGAGUACACGACAUUGAGAUUAUUCCAUUAAAAAGCCAAUCUCCAGUAACAGAGCCAUCAAUGUUAAGUCAUGGUUCGAUUUCAAUCCAUCCAAUUAACAAUUUCUAUGAGAAACCGAAAUCUGAGAAAAAAAAGAAAAGAAAGCGUGAAGAUGGUGACAUGGGAUCACCAGCUGCUGUAAAGAAGAAGUUGAGUGAUUCUCUUGGAAGUUCGAUGGCAAAUAAAAGUUCAGGAAGUGGUGGACAGUUGUUAGGUAAACCAUCAGCAAGUUUUAAACCAAAAAAAUCACCAGCAAGAGGACUUGAAGGUAUUGAUGAUUCGACAUUUAUGAAUUUUGGAGCUGAACAGACAAUCACAACUGUCACAUCACCACUUCCAUCUCCUCAAAGUUUAUUGAAGAAUUCCAGUUCAGCACAAGUUAAUCGUAAAAGUUCGUUGAGUGCUGUCAUAAACAAACUCAAAUCUGAGAUGAGUGACGCAAUUGCGACAUCUCAUGGAGAUGAAAAGAAAGGCGAAUAUCAAAUAAAAUCGAGUGGAAGUGAUGGAAUUAAAAUAACUUUUAAUAAAACAAAAUCUUCAAAAAGUCCAAAAUCACCUAAACAUACUGGACUUAAACCUGGAGUAAAUUCUGGACCAGCUUCAAAGAAAUCUUCACAAUCACAUAAAAGUUCAUCACAAAAACUUCUUUAUCAGAAAUCAAAUUCAUCGGGAUCAUUAAAUCCACAAACUUUUACAAUGUCGCCGAAAUCAUCGUCUCAACCAAGUAGAUCGUCAUCGAAGGAAAGAUCGAAGGAAGGCAGCGUUAGUCCCAUGUCUGGUUUUGCUGGCACAUCAAAUGAUAUGUUGAAGAAUAUGCUUAAAAUGGCAUCAACUGGACCACGUCCCGAUGUAAUAAAAUCAUUCGAUAAAAACUUUCAAAUCCCUAAAUUAUCAUCGCGUGGGAAAUCUGAUGAGAAAACGUCAUUUGAAGACAAUUUCAAAUUGAUGCAUCCACGAUCAGCUCCAACGACACCAGUUCAUCAUCUUACACCUUCACCAACAUUAGAUUUUAUGAGAGAUGGUGGUGCAGGUGGAAAUCUUUUCCAACCAUCUAUGCAGAAUUCUUUCUUAACUUCAAAUCAACAAUUAAAUAACAAAUCUGUUAAUCAAAAUAAAAAACUUUUUAAGAGUGUCAGCUCGGAACAUCUGCCUGGAGAAGAGAAUGAAAAGUUUCCAAAAUCAAGCGAUAGUAAUGACAAUGAUUUCCAGACUUUCCUUCGAGCUCAAUCAAAAAUGAACGAUCAAGCUGUGUCAAUGCAAAUUUUCAAAUCAAUUGAUUUGGGUGGAAAUAUGACACAAAGUGGAGGAAAUCUUCAAAUGAAUGAUUCUAUGUUUAAUGAUGAUGAUUUGAGUUUCAUACGAAACGAGAUGUGACAGAAAGUUUUGCCUCAACUAUCUUAGAUAAGAACAAAUAAAAUUAAUUUGAAUUUCUGAUAAAAAGCUAUUGAAGAUAAUUUUCAUAUACAAACAUUUCAGUUUGGUGCAGCUUUUAUAAGGGCUUAACUUGAUGGAUAAUGCGGAGAUUUUUUAAGAUUAUUCUUUAAUAAAAGGGGCUCUAGUUACUUUAAUAUUCGACCUUAAAUUAUUUAAAAGUUGCUUGAUGUAUUUAUUCCUAUCCUUAAACAUAUCAUCGAAAUUCGAAUAAAUAUUGGAGAUUUGAUUUUAAUUAGCUAAGUAAAUUCCUGAAUUUAUUAAAAAAAUAAUCCUAAUGAUUAUGAUGAAAUUAAAAAC